AUAAACAUAAAUUUUUGAAAAGCAGAAAAACAUUAUAAACAUUAAUCUCCCUUUCUUUCUGGCUUUCUCUCAUUCUUUACAUUUUCAUUUUCAUUUCAUAUAAUUCAUUCUUCAUAUCAAUCAAUCAAAUCAACCACCAACCUUCAUCUUCUUCUUCUUCCGAGCUUCGUUACACAAAAUGCUUAGAUCUCGUUUCUCUAUCCAACCGAUCACCGGCGCCACCUCCAUCACCGCCGAUCACACAAAUGCCACCACCUCCCGCUCCCUCUCCUUCCAUUUCUCCCCCAUUCACCUCCCUCUUCUCCGUUCCCGCCGAUUUCUUUUCCCUAAACCCAAAUCCUUCCUCAUUUCAUGCAAUUCAUCUCUCACCAGAUCCAGCUCCGGCGAUCACAACCACCACCACAACACAAACAACAACGAGUUUCUCGAAGCUUCUCUCCUUCUCUCAGAAACAAUUACACACUAUGGAAUGUGGAGACACCGUUUUCGACCCGAGUUACAAUGGAAAUCAACUAUGUUUUCGUUUCCGGAAAGAAGCUUAAGAAAGGAUGAUAAUUUAAUCAGACAAGGGUUGCUACAGCGUUUUCAGAAUCCAACUAUUUUUCUCAAGAUUUCUUGUGAUGGUGAUUAUGUUCUUCCCAUUGUUGUAGGAAAGAUUGCUGUUGAAAAGCUUAUUGAUGCUGAAGUUGAACAAGAAAGUCCGGAUUUUCCGGACCAGUUCCAGUUUGUGAAAAACCUAAUUGAAAGACUAGACCAUGAAGUAAUAAUGGUGAGAAUUACAGAGAGAGUAGUCAGUACUUACUUUGCCAGAUUGUACCUUAGCCAGCCAGGGAAAAGUGAUAUUAUUAGUGUGGAUUUACGUCCCUCAGAUGCCAUUAAUGUUGCAAAUAUAUGCAAGGCUCCAAUAUAUGUAAGUAAAGAAAUUGUUUUCACAGAUGCUAUAAGACUCGGUUAUGGAAUGGGCAGAGUGCAAAAUAAAAAGGCUAUUUAUGAUGUAUUGCUUGACAGUCCCAUAGAUGGUCCAGAUUCAGUAGCUCAAGAACUAAGUAUGAUGCAUAACAUGCAUUUAGCUAUCAAACAGGAAAGAUUUAAAGACGCAGCUACAUGGAGAGACAAACUUGAAAAUCUUCGUAAAUCAUCUCAGGAACACUAAUUAGGUGGUGAUGACAGGGUAAGUUCUGAAGAGGAACACAUAUGGCUAUCUUUUCCUGAUAAUUUUUCAACAGGAAUAUAUUGAAGCAUAAGUUACAGAAGUGAAGCAAAAUUAUGUGUUGUACAUACAGCUGUGAAUUAGGGUCCUUAACCUCUGUAUAUAUUAUCAAAAUCAAAUGUAUUAAGGCCUAAAACUUUUGGAAGAUUCUUGUACUUGAACCGAUACUUGGGAAUUGCAACAAUGUCUAGUAUGUUUGCAAUCCUUGACAUAUGAACAUCAUUGAAAUUAUGAAAAGAAUAUGAGGCUUUGGCACUUUCUGAUGAAUGAAUGUAACACGGUUACCAAAGUCCUUAA